CCAGUCGUUCGUAACGAAAGGGGCCACGACCGGUAUCUGGGGCGGGACCCGAUGGAACGAUCUUGCCCUCGGUGUCGGCGGCAAGAGUAUCUCGAAGAUCCGGAUCAUGUGCGGCGCGGUGGUGGACGGCUUCGCCUUGGAUUUCACGGAUGGUACUUCCACUCCGUGGAACGGGGGGAAAGGAGGUAAAUCCACCGAGUUUGACCUGAGCGCAGGCGAAACCAUCACUAUGGUCCUCGUGGCUCAAGAUGGGAAGGAUAUCCAGCGAUUGUGCUUCAUCACAUCGAGCGGACGGCAAUCCGAAAACUACGGGUACUCCGGGGGCGCCCCUGUCGUCUGGCAGUUCCAGGGUGCCCCGCUGGUUGGCUUCGCUGGCGCCUACGGGAAGGCGUCGUUCGAGAACAACCUGAUCGUUCAAGGUCUCCAGCCGAUAUGGGGCGGUGGCCAGGCGAAGUCGGCGUCAGACAGGUUGCAGAGCCUCGCGCAGCGAGUCGAGGCGCUCGGGAAGGAGAUCGCCACCGGAAGACUGGAAUGCGCAGGGCUCCAGAAGCGGACCUCGGCGUUGCAGGACAGCCUGGAUGCGAUGAGCAAGUGUAUAGGAGCUCGAGCUAUGGCAGGAAUCGCGGCUCUCGUUGGCAAUAUUCAAAAACUAUACACGGCAGAUUCUACCACUACUCCCGCUCUGAUCAGCGCGUGCAAGGACCAAGGCAACGAUGUGGCAGCGGUGUUCGAUGUGCUACAUAUGCAAUCGGUAUCGCUCAUGAAGACAGGCGAAGACCUGGCAACAGAGGCGGUUAAGCAGGCGAGCGAUGCUCAGACGAGGUUGACGCAGGUCGGCGAUAUCAGUGCAAUAGCGUCCACGAUCCAGGCCGGCGAGUCGCAGGAGCAGAAGACGCGGCAGACGUACGCGCAAAACGCUCAACAAGCUAUCAAACUCGCUGAGGACAGCCUACACGCCGCGCAGGACAAGGCCAGCAAGGAUAAGAAACUACGGAUCGUCAGGGAUGUCUUCAGCUUCGGUGCGGGCGAGCUGGGCGACUGGGGCGGACUGAACGGUGCGAUCAGCUUCGCGAACGCCAUGGUUCAGUCCACCCAGGCGAAUCUGUCGGCGAGCACGGCCGGGCUUGCGUCCGUGGAGCAAUCGGUGCAAGCCGUUCAGGCGCAGCUGGAUCAAACGCGGCAGCUGCAGGCCGAGCUGGACGGGUUUGUGCCCGCCCUGCGGCAACUCGUGUCCCAGACGGCGGCACUGCAGGAGAAGGACGACCAGUUGAUGAGCUCGGCGUCGGAUCUCAGCAUCUUCCUUGGCACCUUGUGGGCGACGUCCGAGACGCUGCCCGUAGACUUCACCGCCCAGCGGUUCGCAAGCCAGGUGUUGGCCCUGGGGAGCGUCAUCGGAACGGAUGCCGACCUUGGCAAGGCCCUCACGGGUGAUCUGCAGCAGCUGCAGACGACGCUCGACCUGAUCGCGAAGAGUCCCAUUACGCCUCUGGCGACUACCGGGAUGAUCUGA